AUGGCUAAGGAAGAGGGUUCUGACCACGAUAUUCAAAUCGAAAAUGCAAGCAGCAGAAAAACAAAGAAGAAGCAGAAAAAUGAGAAGAAAGAAAAGAAAAAUAUGGAAGAGCUCAAGAAGGAAGCGGUCAUGGAUGACCACAUGCUGAGUCUGGAGGAGUUAAGCCUAAAGUAUGGGGUUGACUUGAAUAAGGGUCUCAGCAACAAACGAGCAAAGGAGAUCCUGCUCCGGGACGGGCCCAACACCCUCACCCCACCCCCCACCACUCCUGAGUGGAUCAAGUUCUGUCGUCAACUUUUCGGGGGCUUCUCCAUCCUGCUGUGGAUUGGUUCCUUACUCUGUUUUGUGGCCUUCAGCAUUCAGUGCGUCUUAUUUAAGAAAACUGAGAAAGACAAUCUGUUUUUGGGCUUGGUGCUGGCAGGCGUGGUCAUUAUCACUGGCUGUUUCUCCUAUUACCAGGAGGCCAAGAGCUCUAAGAUUAUGGAGUCAUUCAAGAACAUGGUGCCACAGCAAGCCUUAGUGAUUCGGGAAGGGGAGAGGAUGCAGAUCGAUGCACAGAAUGUGGUUCGGGGAGACCUGGUGGAGGUGAAGGGUGGAGACCGAAUCCCUGCUGAUUUCCGGGUCAUCUCUGCCCAUGGAUGUAAGGUGGAUAAUUCAUCCCUGACUGGCGAGUCAGAACCACAAACCCGUGGUCCCGAUUUUAGUCACCCCAAUCCCUUGGAAACCAGUAACAUCUGCUUCUACUCCACCAACUGUGUGGAAGGAACGGCCCAGGGCAUUGUGAUUGCCACUGGAGACCACACAGUGAUGGGCCGCAUUGCCUCAUUGACCUCUGUCUUGGAAGCUGGCCAGACACCCAUUGCCACUGAGAUUGAGCACUUUAUCCAGCUGAUCACAGGGGUGGCUGUAUUUCUGGGUGUCUCCUUCUUCUUUCUCUCCCUCUUCCUGGGUUACGGCUGGCUACAGGCUGUCAUCUUCCUCAUCGGCAUCAUUGUGGCCAAUGUACCUGAGGGGCUACUGGCCACUGUCACCGUGUGUCUAACCUUGACAGCCAAGCGAAUGGCCCGGAAGAAUUGUCUAGUAAAGAACCUUGAGGCUGUUGAGACCCUGGGCUCCACCUCCACCAUCUGCUCAGACAAGACAGGCACCCUCACCCAGAACCGGAUGACUGUGGCCCACAUGUGGUUUGACAAGAAUAUAUUUGAGGCUGACACUUCUGAGGACCAGUCUGGGCACAAUUUUGACAAGAACUCUAAAACCUGGCCUGUCAUGGCUCUAAUUGCCGGUCUCUGUAACCGAGCUGAAUUUGGACCAGAUCAAGAGAAAGUCCCUAUCGCUAAGAGAAUGACAACAGGUGAUGCUUCUGAAUCAGCUCUCCUCAAGUUCAUUGAACAAUCUUACGGCUCAGUGAGUGAAAUGAGGGAAAAGUACGCCAAGGUGGCAGAGAUCCCCUUCAACUCCACCAACAAGUACCAGGUAUCGGUCCACAUUCGGGAUGAGAGCUCCAUGAAAUAUAUGCUGGUGAUGAAAGGGGCUCCAGAACGGAUCCUAGAGCGUUGCUCCACUAUCCUAAUAAAUGGAAGAGAUUAUCCAUUGGACAAGGAGUCUCAAAAUGCCUUCCAUGAUGCCUACCUGGAACUGGGAGGGCUAGGGGAACGUGUGCUGGGAUUCUGCUAUUUGGACCUCCCUGAGCCAUACACUGGGGACUUUCAUUUUGAUUCAGACAAUAUCAACUUCCCUAUAACAGAACUCUGUUUUGUGGGGCUCGUAUCCAUGAUUGACCCACCCCGAGCUGCUGUACCUGAUGCUGUAGGCAAGUGCCGCAGUGCAGGCAUCAAGGUGAUCAUGAUAACUGGGGAUCACCCUAUCACUGCCAAAGCCAUCGCCAAAGGUGUCGGAAUAAUCUCUGAGAACAGCGAGACUGUGGAGGAUAUUGCUUCCCGGCUACAUAUCUCUGUCAACCAGGUGGAGGCUAGCAAUGCAAAAGCCUGUGUGGUUCAUGGCUCACAACUAAAGGACAUGUCACAAGAGGAGCUAGACACUAUCCUCAAAGAACACUCUGAGAUCGUCUUUGCCCGAACUUCGCCUCAGCAAAAGCUCAUCAUUGUGGAAGGAUGUCAGAGACAGGGUGCCAUUGUGGCGGUGACCGGUGACGGGGUGAAUGAUUCUCCUGCACUGAAAAAGGCUGACAUUGGCAUUGCCAUGGGGAUAUCUGGCUCUGAUGUCUCCAAGCAGGCAGCUGACAUGAUCCUUCUGGAUGACAAUUUUGCCUCCAUUGUCACUGGUGUGGAGGAAGGUCGACUCAUCUUUGACAAUCUGAAGAAGUCCAUCGCCUAUACCCUGACCAGCAAUAUUCCUGAGAUAAGCCCUUUCUUGCUCUUCAUCAUCUUAAAUAUACCCCUGCCUCUGGGUACUAUCACCAUUCUCUGCAUUGACCUGGGUACUGAUAUGGUCCCUGCAAUCUCCUUGGCCUAUGAGACAGCAGAGAGUGACAUAAUGAAGCGUGUGCCUCGGGACCCCAAGAAAGACAAGCUGGUGAAUCAACGACUCAUCAGCAUGGCCUAUGGACAAAUUGGGAUGAUGCAGACCAUAGCUGGCUUCUUCACUUACUUUGUGAUCCUAGCAGAGAAUGGUUUCUGGCCCUCACAGCUGCUGGGCAUCAGGAUUUAUUGGGAUGAUUUUUCUGUGAAUGACCUGGAAGAUUGUUAUGGACAGCAGUGGACCUAUGAGCAGCGGAAGGUGGUAGAGUUCACAUGCCAUACAGCCUUCUUCAUCAGCAUUGUAGAGGUGCAAUGGGCUGACCUCAUCAUCUGCAAGACCCGUCGAAACUCUAUCAUCCACCAGGGCAUGAAGAACAAGGUCUUAAUCUUUGGGCUAUUUGAAGAGACAUUACUGGCAGCCUUUCUGUCCUACUGCCCAGGCAUGGAUAUUGCCCUUCGCAUGUACCCACUCAAACUAAACUGGUGGUUCUGUGCUUACCCCUACACUUUACUUAUCUUUAUCUAUGAUGAGAUUCGAAGAUAUAUACUGCGGCACAACCCUGGUGGCUGGGUGGAGAGGGAGACAUACUACUGA